AUGACGAAAGAUGGAAACACUUCCAGAGUUAUCAAUGUUGACAACACUACUGGUAUCAACACCAUAGUCCAAUUCAACCUCGCUUCCCAACUGCCAAUCAAACUUAGUGGCAUUCAUAAUUUUUCCACUUGGAAAGCUCAGUUCUCCAUACUUAUGCAUGGACAUGACCUCUAUGGUCACCUUGAUAGAUCUACCUCGAUUCCCACCUCGAGCACCACUUUUGACACCAACAUAAACCCCAACCCUGCUUAUACACUUUGGUUCCGUCAGGAUAACGCCUUUAUGGCGUCUGUUGAUCCUACCAUUGCCUCCACAGUUGUUGCUUCUAACACAUCAAAACAGGCUUGGGGCUCUUUGCAUACUGCUUAUCUCCUUUCAAAUAAACUAGCCACUGUUGUUGCCCAUGUUACUAACUCCGAACUCAUUGUCAAAAUUCUUAGUGGACUUGGCCCUGAGUUUCGCGAGAUCUCGACUACUAUACGUGCAUGUGACACCACAGUCACAUAUGAAGAACUGUAUGAGAAGCUGCUUGACCAUGAGCUCUUUCUCCGUCAUGAGGAGGCUAAGAAAAUGUCGAGCCCAAUCACUAUUGUGGUGGCCACUCGCAACAAACCAACCAAUAAUUACAACAACCGUAACAAUCGUCGUGAGAACUAUAAUGGUACGCCUACUCAGAAUCCUCAACCAUGGCGCCAGAAUGCUCGCUCCAAUCCACCAGCUCAGUGUGUCCGCAGAUCUAAAUCUCAUAAUCACUUUGAGGCUAAAGCUAAUUAUGCUUGUGGUUUCACCUCUACUGCCAACCCAUGGAUUAUGGAUUCUGGAGCUACUCAUCAUCUUACAACAGAGCCACACAAUUUACAGGAAUAUCAUGGCAGUGAGAAUGUCUCAAUGGGUGAUGGACCUGAAAACGCGAGUACCACUGGUGCGAGGCCAGAAUAA